ACUUGUUCUUUUGUCCCACAUCCCAAAUGUGAACUGUGUAGACGCAAACGCAGUGGCGGACGCACGUUGACCGUGGGUGUGGCACGUGUCCCACUCUAUUUUUUUAUUUUCCUUGAAUAAAUAGUAUAAUAUUUAUUUAUAUACCCUCUAAUUUAACUAUUAAUCUUAUUAGUGCCCCAUACUAAAUAUUUGUCUGUAUCCGCCCCUGCGCAAACGUAGAGUCUUCAUUACAUAUCUCUUCCCUUCCCUUUGUCUCUUCUUGAAGUAAUAAGAAAAGCAACUCAAAGCUGGUUGAAACUUCAACGUUACGUCCCUCCUACAAUCUCUCACCAUGUUCCGACUCAGAGCUCACGCCAAGAAACCCAUUACCAUCACCACCACCACAACCACCUCAUCCACCGCCUCCGAUUUCCUCUACUGGUCACCAGAAUCAUCCCCCACAGCUCUAUCUUCUCCAAGAGACAUGGAUCCAACCAUCUGGUCUAACUUACCAAAUCACCUCCUCGACCACAUCCUCUCUUUUCUCCCUUUCAAAACUCUCAUCUCCCUAAGAUCAAUCUCACGCCAUCUCCGAUCUCUCAUCCUCUCUCCAACAUUUCUCUCCGACCAUUCUUCCUUCUCUCUCCCUUCUUUCCUCCUCCUCUGUCAUCCUCAAUCUUUCAACUCCUUCCCUCUCUUCAACCCAAAUCUCAUCUCCUGGUGCACGUUACCACUCCCUCGCUCCCUUUCAGUAACCUGCGCCUCUUCUCUCCUCUCUUCUUCCCACGGCCUCCUCUGUUUCUCACGUUCAAUUUCCUCUGUUUCUUCUCUCUCCAUCUUCAAUCCAUUAACCAGAUCCUCAAGAUCUAUCAAGUUCCCUAGCUACUCUUUCCCCUUUGAGCUUCUCUCCCUUGUUACCUCCCCUGACGGCUACAAAAUCUUCACUCUUUGCCCAUCUUCCUCCGCCGCUUCUUCAAGAUCCGUUUGCCUCUACGAUUCCGGUGAUCGCACCUGGAGAAAGUUCGGCGGCGUUGAUCAGGUCUUACCUCGUGGGUUCAAUCAAGAUGGAGUCUUUUACAAUGGGUCUCUCUACUUCGCUAGAUCCGAGCCAUUUCUAAUCGUGAGCGUCGAUUUAAACGACGGGAAAUGGACAACAACAGCCACCGGACACGGUGUUUUUCCGGCGGAGGAUCACAUCACGUUUGCUAGAUUGGUGAGUGAUCCAGAGAAGAAGAUACUGUACAUGGUUGGAGGUAUUGGGAGUAAUGGGAUUUGCAGGAGUAUCAAGAUUUGGGAAUUUAAAGACGAGACAGAGAGUUGGAUCGAAACUGAAACGUUACCGGACAUUGUUUGUAGGAAGUUCACUUCGGUGUGUUACCAUAACUACGAGCAUGUGUACUGUCUGUGGCAUAAAGAGAUGAUCUGUGUUUGUUGUUACAAUUGGCCUGAGAUUCUGUUUUUUCAUGUUGGGAGAAGGACAUGGCAUUGGGUUCCAAAGUGUCCUUCGCUGCCAGAGAAAUGGAGCUGUGGGUUUCGUUGGUUCUCUUUUGUUCCCAGCUUGUCUGCUUCUGUUUAGUUAUCUGAUAUUUGUUAUUGUGUUUGUGUUCAAAAAUCUCCAUAUUUUUUUGUCUUCUAUCAAUGGUUUCGUUGGUAUCUCUUUGUGAAAUAAAAGAUUGGUAAUAUUUAAAAUGAAA